GCACUUUAACUGAGAUAAUUUAGCCCUGGUUUUUAUUUGCUUGCUGACCCCAUUCCCAUAGAGAGUGAGUGACAGGUUGGAGCAAGGAUAUAACUGUCACAUGACACACUUCAGCAGAAAAGUGAGUGUUGGGAGGGGGAGUGCAGUCAUGACUUGUGCAAAGCAAGAUAUAGGUACAACUGACCAGAGCUUAAGGACCGAGAAAGAUUUAGUUGAGGAAGAUCAGGAUGUUGUCAAUGUCACUCCUGACACAGUGCUCCAAGUGGAGGGGGAGUUGUUCCUUGUAAACCGUGAGCAAUUGGUCGAUCUGACUCUCGAAUCCCGAGCCUUGUUUUUUGGCAGUGGUCGGGAGAGCACCAGGAAGCACACUGAGAUCAAGGGAGUUGGACUGCAGCAGUUCCACACACUAAUGGAGUUUACAAAGAACUUGAAGCUUAACCUAGACUGCAAGAAUGUCCUUGGCAUUUUGGAGGCUGCAGACUUCCUCCAGUUGGAUAGGGCUCGGUUACUCUGCUGCAAGUUCUUGGAAAGACAAUUGCAUCUUAGUAACUGCUUGGGAAUGAUGGCCUAUGCUUGGUAGCUCAGCUGUCUGGACCUCUACACAGCAGCAAGGAAAGUAGUCUUAACACAUCUACCUGCCUUAGCCUACGAGCAGGACUUUAUGUUCCAUCCGAAGGAAAGCAUUGCUGACCUCCUUGCUAGUGCCAACAUAAGCCUUCCCAAAGAAGACUUGGCUCUUGAUGUGGCCCUUCGCUGGGCAACAUUUGACCCAAGUUGGGAAGAGGACUUCAUUGGAACUGGUGGGUCUGGUUAGGCCUGAGUGCUUAAGUUUACCCUACA